AUGUCUCGCCGUGGCAGCGCUGCUCCUCAAACCCAUCCACUUCCCGUGGUUGUAGCGCUCAAUUGCAUCGAGGACAUGGCGCUCGAGCAGAAUUGCCUCUCCGGCGUGGCGCAGGUGGAGCACGUGCCACUGAGCCGGCUGACCGAGUCGCGGAUCGACUCGGCCGCCGCGGUCCUCAUCCACUCGCUCUCCUUCCUCCCGCGCGCCGCCCAGCGUCGGCUCCGACCCUGGCAGCUGAUCUUGUGCCUUGGAUCCUCCGAUCGGGCCAUGGAUUCGGCCCUCGCAGCCGACCUCGGGCUGAGCCGGAUGGUCCACAUCGACGUGAGUAGGGCCGAGGAGGUGGCGGAUACAGUGAUGGCGCUCGUUCUGGGGCUGCUCAGGCGCACGCACUUGCUCUCUACGCACGCACUCUCGGCUUCGGGGUGGCUCGGCUCCGUGCAACCGCUCUGCCGCGGAAUGCGGCGGUGCCGGGGUUUGGUGCUGGGAAUUGUUGGUAGAUCUGCAUCUGCAACGUCGUUGGCUAGCAGGAGCUUGGCAUUUAAGAUGAGCGUGCUGUAUUUUGUGCAGGAGGGAAAUGGUAAUAUAAGUAGAUCUUCCUUGAGAUUCCCAGCUGCAGCCAGAAGAAUGGAUACACUCAACGAUUUGCUUGCUGCAAGUGAUCUCAUAUCACUGCACUGUGCCCUGACAAAUGAUACAAUGCAUAUCAUCAAUGCAGAUUGUUUGCAGCAUAUAAAGUCUGGUGAGUGUUUAGAAGUUGUUCACGAUGAUUUCUCGAUGCUUUAUGUUUACUAUAUUUCUCAUGAAGCAUACUUCUCUGAAGGGGCAUUUCUUGUAAAUACUGGGAGCAGCCAGCUACUGGAGGAUUGUGCUGUGAAGCAACUUUUGAUUGACGGAACGCUCGCUGGCUGUGCUCUGGAUGGUGCUGAAGGACCACAAUGGAUGGAAGCAUGGCUUCGAGAGAUGCCCAAUGUCCUGAUACUUCCCCGUAGUGCGGACUACAGUGAAGAAGUAUGGACUGAGAUAAGGGAGAAGGCGAUUUCCAUACUUCAGCAGUUUUUCAUCCAUAAUAUCAUCCCCAAAGAUGCUGUGUCAGACGAGGAAGACGAGGUGGAACAAGAGGGCAGGUACGAGAAUAGUAGCCCUGCACUGGCCUGCGAAACUUCAUUAAAAGACUCAGUUGAUGAUAGACUGACUGAAGAAAUCCAGCUAGUGGCCCAAAGUUCUCAGGAGAGGCUCUCAAACCAAACAACGGGAAAUUUGUCCCAUAAUCAAGACUCUGUUAUGUCCCAAGGCACAUCAAACAGAUCUGAAACAAAGCGUAGCAGGUUGAGUAAGAAGGCAAAAAAGAGGCUCGGCCGCCAAAAAUCUCACAGUAAAGCGGACACUUUUGGAAAAGAGAGCACUUCUUACAGAGAGGAAGAUGGGUGUCCGAGUGGCUCUGAUCAAGUGUUGAGUUCAAGUUCGCAUUUUGCUUCUCCCGAUAAUUUAAGGACCAGGAGAACGCCUGUUGAGCCAAGCACAGGGAAUAUGAAGAAAUCUGGUGAGGUGUUGAAGGAUGGUCAUAUUGUGGUUUUUCACGCAAGAGACGGACCUGACUUUCAGCUUCAUGUAUCAAAGCAGAGAUUUAAGGGAGGUGGUUGUUUCCUUGACAGAGUGUCAAAUGUUUCAAAAAGAGAUCCAGCUGCUCAAUUUCUGGUUGUCUUCAGAAGUGAGGGUAGGGUUGGCUUUAGAUCGUUUACAGCUGGAGGAAAAUUGUUACAGAUAAAUAAGAGGAUGGAGUUCGUAUUUGCUAGUCAUAGUUUUGAUGUCUGGGAGAGUUGGACAAUUGAAGGUUCUAUUGACGAGUGCAGGCUGGUGAAUUGCAGAAAUCCUCUUGCAGCAUUGGAUGUACGCAUUGAAGUUGUUGCUGCUGUUGAUGAAGAUGGUGUUACCCGUUGGCUCGAUUAG